GGGAAGGUUGCAGCAUGUGAAAUAUUUUUUGACAGAAAUUUAGAUGUUGCGGUGUAGAAGACCCUUGCAAAAACUUUACAGUGCUUGAAAUUAUAUAGUCACUCUCUCUUUUUGACAUAAAAGUGCCUUUCUUAAGCCAAGAUGACGGCCUUACCAGCCCAGCAGUUGCCAAACUCCGGCACCAGACUUGAGGCUUAUAUCACCCAUGUGGUGGCCCAGGGAAAGAGCUGCAUCUUCUGGGCCCAGAUUGAUGCCCCUGCAGCCCACCAGGUGGAGACAGCAGUGGAGACAGCUGUGGCUGGGCUUGAAAGUGACCAGACCACCAUCCCACAGCCCUCUGACUUACACCCAGGGGACCUGUGCUUAGCACAGUCUCAAGAAGAUCAAAAGUGGUACAGGGCAAGGGUUGAAGGCUUAAAUCCAGAUGAAAAUGCAGCCAGGGUAUAUUUCAUAGAUUAUGGCAAUGUUGAAGCUGUGUCCCUUAGUAAUAUCCGUCUCAAGAACAGUUGUUUCAGUUUACCAGCCCAAGCUUUUCAGUGUGUCCUUGCUAACUUUGGUCCCACAGAUAACAACCAAUGGUCUGCACAAGAAACUGAGCAUAUAACAGGGAGACUGGAGUACUGUGAAUGUGCUGGGUUGGUUCUGGACACAGUUCAAAGUUCCCAGGGUUCAAGGCUGGUGAUGGAGUUGUAUAAAGAUCUGCAGUCACCUGAACUGCUCAUUGCUGAGCUUAUUUCCCAUGGCUGUGGUGAGGCAAUAAGUGACAGCUGUGGAGCAGCAGUUAAUGCCCCCAGUGAUAAUGUAAGGACAGAGAUAAGGAGAAUGGAGUUGGAGCAAAAUGUUCAAGUUGACGUUUACAUCAGCCAUUCUGAGGGUCCGUGUUUGUUUUGGGUUCAGCUGUCAAGUGAAGAAGACAAACUGAUGAAGGUGAUGGCAGAGCUGGAGAAAUCAGACAGUUUUCCCUCGCUGCAGUCUGCGGAGGUGGGAGCCUUCUGUGUAGCCAAGUACAGUGAGGAUGGAGCUUUCUACAGAGCUAGAGUGACCACGCUGCUGCCUGAUGACAUGUGUGAAGUACACUUUGUAGACUAUGGAAAUAGUGAAUUUAUAGCAGUAAAUGCUCUAAAACAGAUACCAGAAAAUAUGUGCAGCCUUCCCUGCCAAGCUAUAUCAUGUAAAGUGCCAUGGAAAUUGGAGCCAGAGAUAUUUCAAGAACUAGUGCAGGAUAAACUCCUUCAUGCCAAAGCCAUAGCCAAAACAAACCACAUGUAUUCUGUGCAGUUAUGGAGUGAUGAUGGCUCCCUGGAGAGGGCAGUCCAAAGUGGAACAGGUGCUUCCCCCUCUGGGGUGUUAGGUGCAUCAGGGCAAAUAGAGGGACUGGUGAUCAGUGAAGGUGAGCAAGAGGGGGUGUGUAUAUCCCAUGUAGUGAACCCAGGACAGUUCUAUUGCCAGUUGAUCAAAAACGCUCCAUUGCUUGACAAACUAAUGUGUGACCUAGACGCUUAUUACCAGAGUGACAGAGCUGUUAGUUUACCUGCAUGUGAGAGUGGCACCUUUUGUGUAGCUAAACUUCCUUCUGGUCUUCUCUGUCGUGCUCACAUCAUUAACGCUUGGGGAGACUCAGCCGCUGUUGAACUGGUAGACUUUGGUAAAGUAGAGACUGUUAGAUGCGACUCCCAGCUUUACCAAAUAGACCCAGGGCACCUGUUAGUGCCAAGACAAGCUUUCCUGUGUGGUUUGAGUGGAUGUGAACAAGAGUGGACCCCAGCACAGAUUAACCGGUUAUUCCAGCUUGAUUCUACCACCCCUCUAGUUGCACAGAUAAAAAGCACAAGCUCCACUCCCAAGGGUGUAUUGCAUGUAGUCACUUUGCACACCACAGACGGAAAAGAUGCCAUAAGCCCACAUUUUGAGCAAGCUGUUCCCAACAAUGCACCCAUUCCUUCGAAUAUAAGUAAGCCACAGCAACAAAAUGUGAAUGGUUUUACAGAAUCCCACCAGCAGAGCUCCAGUCCAGCAGCCAGUAGUAUUCCCUCCCCAGAUGUCACCCAGGGUGCCACUGAGACGCUGUACAUCUCGGCCAUCAGCUCCAUUCACAGUUUCUACGGCCAGCUGUGCAAGUACCCGACAGAGACACUAGACAACUUCAUGCAGCAGCUAAAUGAUCAUUAUGGCAGCAAUACAGUACCAGACCUGUUCAGUGGUGGCCACACCCCCCAGCCUGGUGACAUAGGGUGUGCCCAGUUCUCAGGGGAUGACAUGUGGUACAGGGUGAGAGUGUUAGGGGCCAGGGCUGAUGGUGAGGUAGAGAUACAGUUCCUGGACUAUGGAAACAAGGAGACCAAGCAGAUGGGGGAAGUCAAGUGUCUAGUACAGCCUUAUCUUAGUCUGCCUCAGCAAGGUAUUAAUUGCUGUUUCCCCAACCUCCCUCCUGGCCUCACUGUGGAGGGUCUGGAGGAGCUGCUCCUGGAGAAGACCAUCCAUGUGUGUAUUACAGAGAAGAUGGGAGAUAUCCACGAAGUUUCUCUCACUGAACACCCAGAUAAUGCAGAGUUACUGAAGGUGUUUCCACCUCAGGGUAUACCAGCUCCCAGGGCAAGCACAGCUCAGCAAGCAAGUCCAGGAAAUACCCAGGCCAAAGCUGAGAGUAAAAGUGACUUAGACCUUGACUUCAUCAAACCAGCUAUAACAGUUGGUGAUGGCCAGCGACACCAACUUCAGGUUGUCCAUGUUCAGGACCCUGAGGACUUCUACUGCCAUCUCCAGCACUCCAUGGGACAGCUAGACCAGCUAAUGGAGGAUAUAGAUGUUUACUGUAAUAGUCUACAGCCUGGGGAGGGACAGCUGCAAACCUAUGGUCUGGGUAUUCCCUGUAUAGCCCAGUACAGUGUGGACAGUGGCUGGUACAGAGCUGUUAUAACAGGUGUCAAAAGAGAUGGCAAGGCAGAGGUGACAUUUGUAGACUACGGUAACAAUGAGACCGUCCCCCAGGAAAACCUCAAGUCCAUUCCACCUCAGUUUUUGAAGCUUCCAAUCCAAGGUAUCCACUGUAGCUUGAGUGAUGUCCAUUGCUUUGAAGACAACUGGCCACAGCAGCAGGUGAAAGCCUUUGAGGAGGCCACAGCAGAGCAUGUCUACACAGCCCUGUUUGAUUCUUAUGUGAAAAAUGAAGAACUGUUCUCUGUAGAAUUAUUUGAUGCCAAUGGACAGAAUUUCAACGAGCAGUUUGGCAGCAGCUGUGGAAAACUUAACAAGCGUCGCACUCCAGUGAAGUUACCCCCAGAGAGGGAAACAGUCAGGCAGCAGUCUCCUUUUGGAGGUGGAUCUGGUUCUCCAGGUAGUCAGCAAGGUGGGGCAAGGUCUAGUCCAGGUGGACAAAGCUCAGGUAGGCCAGGCUCAGGUAGGCCUAGUCCAGGUAGGCCCCCAUCAAAUAGAUCCAGUCCAGGGAGGCCCCUGUCAGGUAGACCAAGUCCAGGUGGAUCAAGUUCAGGUAAUUCUAGCAGGAUGAGCCCAGGGAGGGGCCACCAUCAAACACAAGUGCCCACAGCCAGCACUUUUGCUUCAGCAUUUGUCUCCUUACCUUUGAGGGAUGGUGAAUUCAAAGACAUGAGGGCAGUGUACACCCUGAACCCCAGUGAGUUCUACUGCCAUCUUCACGAACAGGAGGAACUGAUAGAUCAUCUAAUGAAUGCCUUGCAGGACAAGUACAAGACAAUGCAGCACACAGAAUGUACUAUAGACAAUCCUCAGGUGGGCAUGCCUUGUGUCGCCUGGUACCCCGAGGAUAAACACUGGUAUCGAGCACAGCUUAAGUCAGUGGACGACUCCAUUACCACAGUUCAGUAUGUAGACUUUGGGAAUUGUGAGACAAUCUCUGUGAAUAGAAUCAAGGAGCUGCUGCCACAGUUCAUGGACAUGCCAGCCCAGGCUGUAAAAUGCAGUCUUCAUAACGUCAGACCUCUGGGACGAGAAUGGAACAAGCAGGCCACGGAUAAGCUGGAAGAGUUGCUAGGAGAAGAUACUAAGGUGGUGUCCCUUGUGUCCAAGAUGCCAGAUGGUGGCUACUCUGUUGAAGUCCUGGACACUAGUAAACCAGGAGAUGACAUGAUCAAUAAGGUCCUGGUUGAGCAAGGAUUUGCCCAAACAGAACAUGCCAGCCCUCCAAGUAUGCCCUCUAAGGGAAGAGGAGGGGACAGUGGGUAUAGAGAAGAGAGGAGGGGCUAUGAACCACCGCCAAGAAUGGUAGGAAGACAGGUUAAGUCACCUCCACGAGGAGAUGUACAACCUAGAGAGGAUAGAAAGCCUAGAGGACCUCAUCACACUUACGGAGUGCCAAAGCCAUACACAGAUCUGACUUUUGAUAGUGGGCAAAAAGUUGAUGUUAUAUCUUCCUGGGUACUUAGUCCACAUGAGUUUUGGGUACAGCUGGUGGAAUCCCAGAAUUCCCUAAUGGAGUUAAUGGAGGCAAUAGAACAGCGAUAUUCUAGUUUACAAGAUGCAGAAGAGGUGCUGCUCAACGUUGUCCAAGGUGCUGCUUGUGUAGCGCAAUAUGCUAAAGAUGGCGGAUGGUACAGAGGCCUAGUGCAGGGCAUUAGAGGCAAUCAGGUCCAGGUUUACUUUGUUGAUUAUGGGAACAGUGAGUUAAUACCCAGAGCCAAAGUGAAGGAGACCAACCCACAGUUGCUCCAGCUACCACUCCAGGGGAUCAAAUGCAAGCUGAAGGGGGUGGAACCCAUAGGCAGAGAAUGGCUGAUAGAUGCUGGAGUAUUACUAGAGGAUCUUAUUGGUGAAAGUGCCACUUGUUACAUCCUUGCUAAAACCAAAGAUGUUCACUUGGUGGAUAUACAGUCAUCAGAAGGAAAAAGUGCAGCUGAUGAGCUGAUUGCUGCUGGUGUGGCAAAGCAGUACCAUAAAGAAGGGUCGGAUGCCUCCAGUCACAGGUCCAGUGGUUCUGGAGCAUCUUCAGGAUUUGGCAGACAUCAGUCAGACAGGAGAGAUGGGAGAAUGGAUAAGAGAAGAGAGCAGCGUUCAGGUGCCUCACCACGGCAGUCCUCCCAUGGGUCCAGGUCCAGCAGUAUAAGUGAUGAUAGCAGUAGAGGACCUCCUUUUGAUACAUCUGAUGGAUGGCAGCCCACCAGAUCAGUUCAGAAUCAAGGCGGAAGACGAGAUGAUAAUAGAAGGUUUGGAGGCAGAGAUGCUGGUGGGAGAGAUUUUGGUGGAGGCGGGAGAGAUACUGGUGGGAGAGAUUUUGGUGGAGGCGGGAGAGAUGCUGGUGGGAGAGAUUUUGGAGGAGGUGGGAGAGAUUUUAGAGGAGGUGAAGAGCGUGGCUUUGGUGCACGACAGGGCAACAACAGAAGAGACGAUGGUGGUGGUUUUCAAAGAAGACAUGAGAACCGGGACAGUGGUUACCAAAGCAGGCAAGGGACGGACAGCAGAUUCCAGAGAGGACAAGAUAGACAUGGUAGUGGUAGAUUUCAAGAUAGAAAUGAUGGAAGUGGAGGGUUUGGUGACAGGGGAAACAGAGGCGAUGGUUUCAGGAAAGGUGGCGGUGAGGGCCGUUCUGGAGGACAGCCACCAUCACCAUCAAGAGGUAAAGGAACUUGGGACGGUAGUGGAGACAUAAUUAUCAAACCAUCCGAGGCCGAGUGGGGUGAUGGAGAUGAUUUUCUGCCAGUUCAUACAGAAACGGCUUCUCAGACCUCAGAUCUAGCUUAUAAAGAAACAAACCUUGGGGUGGGUGAUGCCCAAGAUGUUUUAGUCUCUCACAUUGAGAACCCAGGGCAUUUCUAUGUACAGCUAAACUCCCAGGCGGCUGAGCUGGAUAAACUGAUGUGGGGUAUAGAGGAGUAUUACUCCAAACUAGGACUAGAUCAAGACAUAUUUCCCAACCCGUCUGUUGGUAACCCAUGUGCAGCCAAGUUCAGUGAGGACAACAUGUGGUACAGGGCAGUUGUCACAUCAGUGGUAUCCCCUACCCAGGUUGAUGUCCAUUUUGUAGACUACGGGAAUAGCGAGGUUGUUCAGACUGAUAAUGUGAAAAAGGUUAAGAAGGAGUAUUUGAACUUGCAAGCCCAGGCUGUGAAGUGUGCUUUGUCCAGGUUUACCCCAGUGUCCCUUGCUCAGACCACGACAGAGUUUUCUAAACUUGUUGUCGGAAAAGAUAUAAGCUGCAAAUGCAUAGAAAAGAAAGGAGAUACCUGCCAGGUUGAGCUGACAGUCAAAGGGAGUGGAGUCAAUGUAAAUGAAGAACUUGGAAAACUUUAUCCAUCUGAGAUCUCUUCAGCUGAAUUCAUACAAGGGGAACCUGGUUAUAUCUCUCAUGUUGCCUCUCCAAGUAACUUCUGUGUACAGCUCACUAAGGAUGAGCCCAAGCUGAACAACUUGGUUGAAAGAUUAAAUGUCGAAUAUUCCGCCAUGACAGCCGAGGAGAGAUUGCUACCCAGAGUUAACGUUGGCCAACUCUGCUGUGCCAAAUUCUCUGAGGAUGGAGCCUGGUACCGCGCCAGCGUCACUGACGUCACCGACUCUCAGGUGGUUGUCAGGUUUAUAGAUUUUGGCAACAGGGAUAACUUGACCCUUGAUAACAUCAAGGAGAUGAAGGCGGAGUAUGUGGACACUCCAGCCCUGGCAAUACAGUGUUCACUAGCUAAGACUAACCCAGUGGGAGAUGGUGGCUCCUGGUCCCAAGAGGCUUGUGCCAAGUUCCAGGAAAUGACCUCAGACCAGGAAAUCAAAGUGAUAUUCAAGUCUGAGGUGGAGCCAUACAAUGUCAGGGUCCUUAAAGGAGAGACUGACAUAGGAAAGGAACUGGUCGCGCUUGGCUUUGCCACCGAGAAGCCAGCCUCUAGAAGAAGCUCAACUCAUUCUGUAGAGAUACAAGACCCCGCCACACUCUCAGGGAGGAAGAUCCAACCCCCAGUGAUCCCUGUGAACCAGACUGCCAAAGCCUAUAUCUCUCAUGUCGAGACUCCCACCUGUUUCUUUGUACAGUUAUCAGGUGUUGAAAAGGAGUUGGAUCCUUUGAUGAGUCAGUUGGAGAGCACCUGUUCAGUCCUGGGCCCAGAUGAGAACAAAUUGGUGUCUCCUGAGCCGGGUGUGGCUUGCUGUGCUCAGUACAGUGAAGACCAGGCCUGGUAUAGAGCUGUGAUAACAUCCAGAGAGGGAGACAUGGCAAGAGUCUGCUUUGUAGAUUAUGGCAACUGUGAAAGCACCAAGGUUUCGUCCCUAAAGAGUCUCAGUGCUGAUUUGGCAAAGAAACCCAUCAUGGCUAUCCGGAGCACUUUGAUGCUGUCUGAUGGGAGUGAUUUACCUGAGGAGGUGACACAACAGCUACUGGAGAAGACCCAGGACAAGGAGUUACUUGUGACAUUCCUGACUCAGUCAGAGCCAUGUUUGGUUGUACUUAAAGACAGUGAAGGGAAGGACAUUGAUAUUGGUCUUCCUGCUCCUGUGGUGACAGCUGGUGCACAUGUCACAGUCCCAAAAGGUCCAGCCUUUCCAACCUUCAAGAUGCCGUCACUGGCAGAGGAGAAGAAGGAAAGUGUUUAUGUGACCCACGUGAAUUCUCCCAGCCAGUUCUGGUGCCAGCUUACUAGAGGAGAAGACCAGCUCUCUGAGCUCAUGACACAGAUAGCGGAACACUACAACUCACUGCCGUACACAGAAAUCCAGAAGAAGGUCAGUGUCCCAUGUAUGGCCAAGUAUUCUGAAGAUGGGGCAUGGUACAGGGCGAAGAUAUUACGUCCGGGUCUUAGGAACUGUGAUGUUAUCUUUGUAGACUAUGGCAAUGUGGAGAAUGUGAGCAUGACGGACAUACGUCCCAUGGAGAAGAAAUUUCUGGAGCUGGAGGUCCAAGCUGUGGAAUGUGCCUUGCAGGGGGUCCGUUCCCCGCAGGGACCAUGGUCCAAGGAAGCUAAAGCUCGCUUCCAAGAGAUAGUUGCUGAUAAAAAGCUGAUAGCAGACAUUGUGAUGCUGGGGACGGCUGGUGAGGAUAACACAGAUUUAGGCUGUAUGGUGAACUUGUUAGAUAUGGGGAUCUCUGUGGCUGUGAAACUGAUAGAAGAAGGAUUGGCCGAGAAGACAGGCUCUCUCUCUGAAGGCUCGCCAAUAAGACCAAAACCUGCCGACAGCAAAACUUUGGACAUUUCUGACGAUGAUGUGCUGCAGGAGACUGCAGACCAACAGAAAACUGCUACUGGGGGCGCCGUUGUUGACUUUGUCGACGCAGGAAGCAAAUAUCAGCCUGUCAUGUUAAAAGAUGGCGAGAAGCGGGAGGUGUUUGUCUCCUUUGUAAGCUCACCAAGUCAGUUCUGGAUACAGUUUAAGGAGCAGCAAGACCAGCUUGAUCACCUGAUGGAGCAACUAUCUGAGCAGUACAGUGACGACACACCUGCUGUAGCGUCACAGUCCACUGGUAUGCCCUGUGUGGCAAAGUUUGAAGAAGACCAGGCUUGGUAUCGUGCAGUAAUUCUAGAACUUAAAGACGACCAAGCACUGAUCCAGUACGUGGAUUAUGGAAACCAAGUCCAUGUUCCUUUAACUGAGGUGAAGCCAAUGAAGAGUGAGUUGAUGUCAUUGCCGUCCCAGGCUGUGGAGUGUUUGUUGACAGGUGUGAGAUCUGAAGGUACCACCUGGACCCCAGAGGCCAUAGACACGUUUACAGAACUGACCACAGACAAGACGUUGCUGUGUGAGGUGGAGAGUGUGGGGGAUGACUGGUCAUGUAUGGUCAAGCUACUGGACAUGGGGAUGUCUAUAGCAGGGAUGAUGAUAGAGGCAGGGGUGGCUGGGGAUGCCCAUCAGCCUCUGAACAUAGCCAGAAAGACUGUGGAGUACACAUCCCCCUUUGUUGAAGAGGGCUCCAAGCUCCAAGUGUUUGUCUCUGCCUCCACCAACCCCGCCCAGUUCUACUGCCAGCUAGCCAGCUCCUCUAAUGACUUGCCCAUCCUCAGGGACACCAUCCAAGACCUAUACUCCCAACUCUCGGAAUCUCAAAAUUGCCUGGAAAAUCCAGCCCCAGGGAAACCCUGCGUGGCCCAGUUCAGUGAAGAUGGGGGUUGGUACAGGGGUGUGGUCACUGGGGUUAGAGACGAGGGGGUGGAUGUCACCUUUGUGGACUAUGGCAACCAUGAGUGUGUGGAGCCGAGCAAGGUGAAAGAUCUACAGAGAGAAGUGUCCAGGCUCCCCAUUCAGGCCAUCAAGUGCAAGUUAUCUGGCAUCUGCCCUGUUGGAGAGAGGUGGGACCCAGACUCCAUGACCAGGUUUGAAGAACUGACCUGUGACAAAAACUUGGACCUGACAGUGGUUAGCGUAGAUAGAGACAGUCGUGGUAAUGUGGAGUCUAUAUUGGUAGAUCUGUAUGACGGAGACCUCUCUGUGGCACAGGCUUUAAUUGAUGCAGGCUAUGGCAAAGCAAUGAAGGAGAAAUCCAGUGGUGCUGGCCAAGUCUUAGAUCUGGUUGCUGAAGGCAGCGAAGGUGCAAGUAAAGAGGGCAGCACCAAAGGCCCACUGCCGUGCCAUGUUGAUUAUCUGAUGGGGUCGGUUCCCAGAGCUUAUCCAGACCCAGGCUCUCCCACGUCUUCUACUACGUCAGACCUUGUUGACGCCUUGAUAGAUAACACGCUGAAGGACGCCUGUGCUGCCAUCUAUGCAGGGAAACUUAUUGAUACAGCCGUGGAGCGUGUCUCCAUUGAUCUGCAGUUUAAGCUUCCUCAGUUUGAACCCGCUGAAACUGUCCAAGUCAGGUGUGUUAGCAUUGAGAGUCCACACCUGUUCUGUGUCCAGCUGGUUUCAGAGGAGCUGUCCAGGCUGAUGCCCAGUAUCAACAGGUACUGUGAUGCCCAAGCUGAGCCCACUGAGGAGGGGAAGAUAGGACAGGCUUGUCUUGGGAUGUCUGCCAGAGAUGGACAGUGGUACAGGGGAGUAGUGGUGAAACAGCUGGGAGAUACACAUGAAGUAAAGUUUGUUGAUUAUGGAACCAUGGAGGUUAUACCUAAGAACCUGGUGUGUAACAUUCCUGAUGAGUUCCGAGAGUUACCAGUCCAAACUUUGCUGUGUAGGCUGUCUGGUGUAUCACCACCAGGGGGACGCUGGUCAACACAGGCCAUUGCUUAUUUUAAGGAACUGUGCCAGGGGAAGACCCUGAUAGCCCGCGUCAGUGACACAGAGGUCAAGGACAUGUACAGUGUGUACCUGUAUGAUCCCACUGAGGAUACGACGCAGUCCAUCAAUCAGAUGUUGACCAAAGAGGGCCACGCGGACAUGGUGCCAGGGAGUGACCUGGAGCUGGACAUGGAGGCAGCUUCUCUGGAGGAAAGUGGAGCAGAGGUGCUAGAACAAUCAUUCUGUGAGGUGUCUCUGCAGAGGUUUAGCUCCCUGGGAGAACAACCUGAGGACGGUGCAGACAAUGGUCAACCCAAGGAGGCGUCACGUGAUCCUGUGGAUGGGAUGGAUACCCUAGGUGUUACGCAACUUGCAGGUGGUUGUACAAGCACACCUAUGAAAAAUGAGUGCCAAAAACCAGAGGAUUUGGAGGAUGAAUUUGAAGAUGCUUUGUCUGGUGUAGCAGGCAGCACGGAAGAAUAAAAGCAAAUAUUAAUGUGUUAUUUUCAUGAAACCCUUUUGGUUCUUUGACUGUUUUAUCUAUUUCCCAAAGUGUUCGUGAUAAACUUUGGGAAAACAAGGAAUACGCAGCAGCUCAUCACAGUGGAGACUGUUCUCUGUGGUGCUUUAGAAUAGGAAUGAAGUCAAUUAUGUAUAUGUUUGGCAGCAGUUUCAAGAGAGGGGAUUCCGUUGUCUUUAUUACACAUUUGUCAGACUUCUUUAUAGCAAAAAAGGCAUGUAAAGAACACAGUUCUUAAUCUUGUUUUGUAACAUCACUGAGCCCCUUUCCAAUUAAAUGAAACAAAAAUAAAAAAUUUUUCAUAUGACAUUUAAGUACCAAAUACUUGUGUGAAAAGGAUUUCUUUAACAGUUAAAUGUCAAGAUUUUUGAUUUUGUACUUCCACUGCAUUUUACAAACUUUUUUCAUUUACCUGCCAUUUUCAGGGAUAAUAUUGAUGAACGGAUAUCAUUCACAAGUGUAUCUAGAAUUUAGCUUGAGCUUGUAAGCUUUUCUUUCUGAUAACCAUUGGCAAAGACAUAUCUUCACAAUGUCAGUCUUGUUAAGAGAAGGGUGAAGCUGUUCCACUCCUUCUGUACUGUUAUAACUUUGUUGAUACUGGUAAGCCUGGGCAAGUAAGUUUGCUUAAAGUGAAGGCUGUAUGUGCCGAUUUCCACAAAUUCAGUUGUUAGUAAUUUGUAGUUAGCUUUCAAUAAACUUGUAUUUUUGGGUAUUGUGGUUUUAUCCUUUUCUUUGUGUGUCGCACUUGAAGAAUGCACAUUUAAAAACUUGAAAGGAAAAGUGCAAGAAUUUUAAUCACAAGGAAAAUCCUGAUAC